AUGAUUUGAAGUGGGUAGAAGCUAAAUGUGUUAUUUUUGUGAUGAGUGUUCGUGUUAUUUAUGAGAAUGCCCAUCCAGGCGCCGCAAUGGACGGACUAUCUAAAUUGUCCGGUGUGCUGCCGCGAAUUUGGCGCCCCGCCACGGAGCCCAAUCAGUCUCGGAUGUGGCCACACUCUCUGUGGGCAUUGUCUUAAACAUUUGCAUAGAAAACAGUGCCCCUUUGAUCAGACAGUUAUCCAAGCCGAGCCGGAAGAAUUUGUUGUGAACACGGCGCUGCUACAGUUAGCGGGGUAUACCCCGCCAACACAGCCCUAUCAUCCACCCUGCAUACAAGCUCUACCAGAACAUGACCGUCAAGCAUAUGAUAUCAUUGUGCGAUGCCUUGAACAUCUCGCCAUUUACCUUAAACUAUGUGCAAGCAGUACCUCGGGCAAUCGCUUAUCAAGGCCAAUGCAGCGAAAGUUGGUUACUCUGCUGCAAUGUGCCAUUACUGAUGAGGAAGGCAGGGGCAGGGCGGCGCGUUCGGCGAGGUCCCUUGGAGAGAGGACAGUCACCGAGCUGAUAUUACAACAUCAGAAUCCCCAGCAGCUCAGUGCAAACUUGUGGGCAGCGGUCCGAGCGCGAGGGUGUCAAUUUUUAGGACCGGCAAUGCAAGAGGAAGUCUUAAAACUUGUUCUUUUAGCUCUAGAAGAUGGUUCUGCACUUUCCAGAAAGGUGUUAGUGAUGUUUGUUGUCCAAAGAUUGGAGCCUCAUUUCCCGCAGGCUUCCAAAACUAGUAUAGGCCACGUUGUCCAGCUUCUUUAUAGAGCUUCUUGUUUUAAGGUUUCCAAACGCGAGUGCGAUUCGUCGCUAAUGCAACUAAAGGAAGAAUUCCGAACGUAUGAUUCCCUGCGCCGCGAACAUGAUGCGCAAAUAGUACAAAUAGCUACUGAAGCCGGCCUGCGAAUCGCUCCUGACCAAUGGAGCGCUUUACUGUAUGGAGACACGGCCCAUAAGAGUCACAUGCAAAGUAUAAUUGAUAAACUUCAAACACCACAAUCGUUCGCGCAGUCGGUUCAGGAGCUGUUCAUAGCGUUGCAGAGGACUUGGGACCCGGCGCAACUGGUCGUCAUGAGUAUGCAUCUCGAUCGACUUGCGAAUAUUGACGCUAGUCCCGAUGCAAAGUGCCCUACCUGGCAACAGUUGGCUGAAGUGAUAACCUCGAUUAAGGAAGUUGUAUCCGGCCUGAUCCAUUAUCUACAGCAGCAAGCGACGUGUCGCGAUUCUAACCAUAACCAGAAGCAUAGCCUUCAAGACAGGUGCUGUGAACCAUCCACUAGCCAACCGUCUCCGCAGAUCACAACCACGCCGACACACAAGUACAAGACCUCCAUGUGUAGAGACGCAGUCACCAGAUCCUAUUGUCCGAGAGGCAAUGCUUGCACAUUUGCACAUUUCGAAGAAGAGCUGGAAAGGUACAGGAACGUGGCAAACAGCAACGUGACUAUGACAAACGGCAACUAUACGUACCUGCCGGCGAUUCAGUCUAUACCACUGCCGCAGUUGCCUCAACCCAUACCCCUCCCGCAAAUGUACCAGCGGUUCCCAAUGCCCCCGCCGCAAACGCAUCCACAUUUAGACAACUUUAAUGUUCCACAAAUACCACAAACGCUGCCAUCACAAGAAAUACUUUCAAAUACAGAAUUCACACAUCAAGCUGAAAAUCCGCGCACCGAUUGCAUUCCGUCAGCAAACUUCGCAUCCGGCAUAAUGCAUAACCAGACGCAAAUUGGUAUAAAUCAGAACGGCAUUAUAAUGCCGAUACAGGAACGCCCAUAUUACGGUCGCUUCAGCGGUAUGGUCUCCAUCCACGAUGAUGUCACGAACAACCUUCAGUUUCCUCGGCCUGACUUUGUGAGCCCAGUUUACCAAGUGCAAAGUAACACCGGCGCAAUAACAAGCUACCCGAACCAAGAACAGAACAUACAACAGCCGAUGCAAAAUUUGUUUGUACCAGUGCAACUCGAAGCGCCAAGAAAUAUGAGCCCAUACACUUUCGACGAUCCUAAUCCAUCAGACCUAUUGCCAGACUAUCGCGUCAAAGCGUCGGGAUUCGCCUCUGGACCUAUGGAUUUACGCAUUGAUACUUGGCCUACCACAAACAAUUCUUAUAACUUUGAAGCAAUGAGAAAUGCGUUGCCACACGUUCCCCCAGCUACGGAUGAUAUAUUCUCAGUACAGAACGACCGCCGGGCGGUCGGUGCAGAUAGACUCGGAGUGGUGACGACGACAGAUCGACUUGCGGUCAAUAGUGAUCUUACCAACAGAUCUGAUGAUCGUGAAUUAGAAGAGGAGCUGCAGGCUUUGGAACGUCGUAUUGACACGGAGUUCAAAAGUACAGAUUAAACUAGUUCUGAGGUACCCUUUAAUACCAAAUAUCACUUAACAGGCAAAAAUUAUUAAUUUUGGGGUUGUAACCAGAAAUACUUCUAUGAGUCGUAGAAACGUCAUCGCAUCUUGUUAAGUGUGUUAUAAAAAAACUGAAGGUCUUAGUGUUCGAUCAAUAAAAUACUAGAUAUGCUGUCAGUAGUGAAAGUGUUCUAGAAAAGUAGGAUUUCACUCGCUACUUGGGAGUCUAUCUUCGUUAGUUUGCUAGCAGUAUAGCCGUAUGGUAAAUGUGACGGAAUUUUUUAUAUAUAUUGUUUAAAUAAUCUAUAGAUAACUAUUAGUUACAGACAAAAGUGGACACUCAAUGCUAGAUUUUAUAUGGGACUCAAUAUCUAGUACUUUACUGAUCGAAGGUCUUAAGUGUAUAGAAUAUUUAUUUAUUAUUGCAAUUAAUAUUAUUUGUAUUGUUUUUUUAAAUUGGGGGAUUUGUAUUCGAUAUGUGGACUUCCCUUUUAGGUUUAUCAAAAAUGCUAUACUACAAAAUAAUGAACUGAUUUACAUACAUACUAAGCAAAUAAAAUCGUUUUACAACAGAUAGAAUCACUUGGGAGUUCUCACUAAGUUUAGCAUAGAAUAAUUAUACAUUAACAUAAUGGCUUCAGUCAAACUGAUAAAUGAACUAUUUAUUUAAUUUUAGUACUAAAAUGCUUAUUUAACUAUCGUAUUUUAGGACUAAUGUUAGGCGCUAGCUUUAAUUCUAUUACUGUGAGUAUUUUAAAUAGCGCUAAGUUUUGUAACGUACUAGCGGUUACCCGCCACUUCGUCCGCGUACACAGUAAGUAAAUUGUACGCCUACAAACUUUUAUCCGCUAAUCAACACUACAAGAACAAUAUAUUCCGACUCACAGUCCGCCCGUGCUUUCACUUCGGCCUCUAUAAGUUGUGGGGAUGUUAAAUAGCAUCUAACUAGAACUGAACCAAAGAAAAAAAUCCAACUGGUAGUUCCAGAGAUUAUCGCGUUCAAGCAAAUAAAGUAUGGAUAAAAGUCUAUCUAUCUUACGGCUAUUUACAAUACAUUUUUAAGUAAAAAUAAAUUGAUAAAAGUAAUGUAAGGGCGACAAUGGACACCAAAAAAAAUUACUGACGCGAUAUUAACCCGUUACUAAGAUAAUACCGAAUAAAUAGAUUAAAUUAUGCGCAAGUUCUGUUUCGACAAAGAUCCCUGAUAGGUCGGUAUGACGAGCAAAUGUAUUGUAGUUAUUUUCGAUUUAUAUGAUUAUUUGGGAAUUGUCUGAAAUUAAAUCUUAUAGUUUAGCGUAGAAUAGUUUUAUUUUGACACUUCAGUGAAACUGAUAAAUUAAUUGUUUUUUUUUAUUUUAGUACUAAAAUUAUAAUUUAAUUUUACAUUACAGUUUUUGGUUAAUGAUAUAAAACGUGUGACCGAAUAACGUAACACUGUUGAAGGAUGCAUAGAUAUAUUUCUUAAGGGAAAAAAAUAUUAAAUCAACAGAAGCAUAGUUAUUUUUGCAUACAAACGCAUUCAAAACAUUCUUAACCCUAAAUAAUCCUAAUAAAAUAAAAGACCGACACGCGCAUAGUACCAACGCGACGCGUACCCAUUAUAGUGACUGAUUUCUUUCAGUAAAACAAUGGCAGUGGUUUACUCAAAAAAGUAUUUAUCGUUUCGGUUUCACAGAUAAGUCUCAGUGACAGUAAACAAAGUACAUCUAAAGCAAGUGAAACAAUAUCUCGGUUUUCAUUGAUACACAGUAUAGUCUAAAAUAAUACUUUUGGGCAUUAGAUUAAUUUGUUUUAUUUGUAGCAUUCCAAAACGGUAGUAAUUGUUUCUUCUGAUUACUUCGAGAAUGUUUCGAAUUAGUGUUCUUUUUAACUAAUUACCCUAGUUGAACUCCAUAUCGCUUCCAAAAUCUUGUUCCAAUCUCUGCCAAUAUUAUUCUUCCAUAUUAUACACUAGCGAUUAUUCGCGCCAUAUAUAAUAAUGAAAUAUCUUAUGAGCUUCAAGCGGUAAUUAUGACAAACAGACAUAUUUCAAUUUUAUUUAUUUGUAUAGAUAUAG